UACUUUUCAUAAUAGUUAACUUUAAAACAUCWCACGAGUUAUACAUAUUUAUUUUAUGGUACCUAUAGGUACCUACGUUAUUUAUCAAAAAACAAUUAUUUUCUUCUAAAAUGUCUUUGGUGCCAUUGUUCUUCCGCGACUGGUGGGAAGAUUUCGAACGCGAGAGAUUACCAAGACGGUUAUUGGACCAACACUUUGGUAUGGGAUUGCAUAGAGAUGAUUUAUCCAAUUUGACGUCUGCGCUGUCUUCGCCUUCUCUGAGAUCAGCCACAUACUAUAGACCCUGGCAAGGUAUACUUAACCGGCAAAAUAGUGGUACAUCCAACCUCAAGUUUGAUGAAAAACAAGUGCAAGUUAUAUUGGACGUCCAACAAUUUGGGCCUGGUGAGAUUUCCGUUAAAACAUCAGAAGGAGCAAUAAUUGUAGAAGGAAAACAUGAAGAAAAACAAGACGAGCAUGGUUUUAUAUCCAGACAAUUUAAAAGAAGAUAUUUAUUACCUAAAGAUGUGGAUAUAGAACAAAUAGUUUCAAGCUUGUCUUCAGAUGGAAUACUUACAGUUAGCGUCCCUAAAAAGGUAACAACUUUAAAUCAAURCCUAACUCUUCAGUYUUUAUAUUAUAUAUAAUUACUUACUUGUAUU